UGCCAGGACAGUCGGUCAAGUUGUCAAAGUAAGUGCUUCAAAAUUUAUUCGCCAACAACAUUCGACGCCUCAAGGGCGUUCAAACUGGAGGAGGAUUUUGUCGGCGGCUGCAUGACAAUGUCGAUGUAUUCGACAACGGAUAAAAUGAAAAUGUCAGCGCCCAGUUGUUUUCCAGGACGCUACAGUCCAUCGUAUCGAAGUUCAGAACAAAUGCGACGCUGUAUGCCAAAUCCAUCUAGUCGUUUAUUAGAAGAUGCUUCCCUAUUAUGCAAUUCGUGGUCAGCACGUCAGAAUGGUGAUAUUUUUGCGGGUAUCAACGAUGGCAUACUUAGCAGAGCGGAAGCUCUGGCCGCCGUUGAUAUACAGAAACAUCAAGCCCAGCAUGUACAUAGCCAAAUGCCCUCCCAAAUUAAGCACGAUGUGAUGUACCAUCAUCAUACAAUGAGUGGGCCCCCGCAACGUCCAUUACAGAUGCACCAUUCAAUGGAUCAACUGGAUAUGCUCGAUCCGACGGGUUCAAUGACCACAUUAGCACCUAUUUCGGAAUCACCCCUAACGCCAACACAUCAACACCUGCACGGUUCCUAUCACAGUAUGAAUCACAUGAUGAGUCAUCACCAUCCGGGCACGUUAAGUGGUCAUACGGCGGGGCAUCAUGGACACUCAGCGGUACAUCAUCCUGUUAUAACGGCAGCUGUGGCAGCUGCUGGCCUGCAUCCCGAUACCGAUACCGAUCCACGUGAACUGGAAGCGUUUGCGGAACGCUUUAAACAGCGACGCAUUAAGCUUGGUGUCACGCAAGCGGAUGUGGGCAAGGCCCUGGCCAAUCUCAAGUUACCUGGCGUUGGCGCUCUGUCGCAAAGCACAAUCUGUCGUUUCGAGAGUCUGACGUUGUCGCACAACAACAUGAUCGCCCUGAAGCCCAUUUUGCAGGCGUGGCUGGAAGAGGCUGAGGCGCAAGCGAAAAACAAACGUCGAGAUCCGGAUGCGCCCAGUGUUCUGCCGGCGGGCGAAAAGAAAAGAAAAAGGACUUCCAUUGCGGCACCUGAAAAGCGCUCCCUGGAAGCCUACUUUGCCGUCCAGCCGAGACCAUCUGGGGAGAAAAUCGCCGCCAUUGCCGAAAAGCUGGAUUUGAAGAAAAAUGUGGUGCGAGUCUGGUUCUGCAAUCAACGCCAAAAACAAAAACGUAUAGUUAGUAGUGUACAACCAUCAAUGACGGGCCACGGUUCGGCGGGAUUCGGAUACUGAUAGUCAUUUAUGACGGCAGCGACAGCAGCAGCAGCAUCAGCAGCAUCAGCAGCAGCAGCAACAGCGGGAACAACAACAACAUCAACAGCAGCAGCAGCAACAAUGGGAUCGGGAUCAGCGGGAUCAAUGACCACGCCUCCACAAUGCAUACAGGGCGGCGACUAUUAUCUAUAGUGACACACACACACACACACAAACACACACACACACACACAUAAAUUGAUGAGGACAGAAACGACUUUUCGAAUUUUCGGAUACGAUUCGGAAUUGGAGAUGAUCGACGACCCCCAAACCCAGCAGCAGCAAUAAGCAUCAAUCUAUCUCUCUCUCUCUCUCUCUGUUUCUUUCUCUCUCUCUCUCUCUCCCACAACCCUAUGUAUUAGCAAACAACUCCUAAAACUCCCCCUCCUUCCCACAUACACACACACAAACACACAUCAAAACUAUAACA